AUUUACUUUCAGAUUUUUCAAUACAUAUUUGUACCGUAAUUUUAUAGUUUAUUUUGUUUAUAAACGUGACUCGUUUCGAUAGUCACAUCGCAGAAAUUCUGGAAUCGGCACAUUUUACUUCAAACGUCAUUUCAUUUCAUACAAAAAUUGUGCAAGCAAUCUGAAUCCAUAAAAGCAAUUUACGGUAGUUUACAUAACGCGAGUGAAAUUAAAUAAGUUUUGUUAACAUAAAAGAAAAUGCCACGAAGAGGAAGAUCGGCCCCGGCUCCUUCCCGUAACCUUCCCGCAAGGGCACCUGCCCCAGCUCCUCCAGCACACGUACAACCACCCCCAGCUACGUCACAAGGACCUGGACUGUUCGGACAAAUGGCAGCCACUGCUGGUGGUGUCGCAGUCGGUUCAGCCAUAGGUCACACGGUAGGACACGCAGUAACAGGAAUGUUUAGUGGCGGUGGAUCUAGUGAAGCACCCGCACAACAAGCACCACCUCAACAACUACAACAGCCACAACAAUAUGGACGUGGUGCAGCUUCUCUAGACACUGAUGGACCUUGUGGCUGGGAAAUUAAACAAUUUUUAGAAUGUGCAGCUACUCAAUCUGAUUUGUCUCUAUGUCAAGGAUUUAACGAGGCUAUUCAACAAUGCAAAAUCAGAAACAAUCUAUCGGUUUAAGAUGGGAAAUGAAGAUUGUAGACAAAUUUAAAUUCUAGUAUUAAAUUAAUUACGAAAUACAAACUUUUAGACAUUCAUUCAUAGUGUCCAUUAUUUGUGUUGUUUUGAAUGUUUUGUGACAUUGUUGAAUAAAAGUUUUGUUUUAAAUGAACUGCAA